AGCUCACUAUCGAUAAGAUUCUGCGCCGUCGCCCGCAUCCCCCCCGCCCGGCGGAGAAGCAUUCACUCCUUCAACCAUCCUCGCCUCCCUCAUUCUUUGCUCCCAUCUUAGACUACACCAUAAUAGACAAUAGCGCAUCAUGUCCGCCAACACCACACCCACAGGACAACAAGUCAACGUCCUCUUCGUCUGCCUCGGCAACAUCUGUGAGGCCCAACCACCCCCAAAAUCCUCCCCGCACUCACCACACCCCAAACCUCACAAGUAGAGUACUGUCCAAGCAUCAUCUAACCACACCGCUCGCAGGCCGCUCCCCCAUGGCCGAAGGCGUGUUCCGCCACGUCGCCGCCUCACACCCACUCAUCAACAAGAUCGACUCCGCCGGCACGGGCGCCUACCACGCCGGCGAGUCCCCGGACCACCGCACGAUGACCACGCUGCGCGCCCACGGCAUCACCCGCUACGUCCAUGCCGCGCGCAAGGUGACCAAGGAGGACUUCCUGACCUUUGAUUAUGUCCUGGCGAUGGACAAGUACAACCUGCGCGAUCUGCAGGAGACGCGCGAGGCCGUGCUGGCGGCUGCCACCAAGAAAUCCGGCGCCGCCCGCGCCGCCAAGGUGGCCGAGGUGCGCCUGUUCGGGGAUUUUGGGGAAGGCGGCGCCCUGCAUGAGCGGGUGGGCGGGGGCGAGGUGGUGCAGGAUCCGUACUAUGGUGGGGUUAAUGGGUUCAAGGAGGUCUAUGAGCAGGUUACGCGGUUUUCGAGGAAUUUCGUCGAGUACCUUGAGAAGGAGACGCAGGAGGAGUAAAGAGGGGGUCGUCGAUCGCCGCGCGAGGAGGUAGGGAUCGCAUGCUUCUUGUGAGCAGUUGCGAGUUGAGAUAUGAUAGACCACCACCACCACCACCACCUGAGUGACUUGCUUUGCAGCGAAGAUAGACCGGAGCGAAUCGUCGAUGCAUCUUAUAGACAACACAUAUGGACUAGAAUAUAAUACAGUAGGCAA